CUGAGGCAAUCGUCAAUAUUUCCCGAUGAAAUAUACCAGCCAGUUAUAAAUGGAAGAGAGAAAGCGACUGAUCUUCUGUCUUCUAACGCUUUUCUUCCAUCAGUCACUUGGUUGGCACAGUUUCGGGAACACACCUUAUCAUUGUUGGCCAUCAUCGGCGUCCUCAUCAAACCCUUCACCGAUAACAUGUUCAGGAGUGCACAUAGAAUGGCUGGAAGCUCCUCCGACCGAAGUGAUAUCCAGUAAUGCCUUCAACGUGACGUACGCCCUAUCCUUGGAUUCAACUUUCUACACGUGGGCCAUUAACAAUGGCUACUUCGGUACUGCUGGCGGGACAGGCUUUACUAAUGCAACGGCGGCACAGACCUGGUGUGAAAAUACAGUCUGCCCAGAUUAUACGACCGCCACAGAAAUCAACUGCUGUGUUCACCAUGUCAACGUCCACUCCUGUCCUCUAGAUCAGACGGACAACUCUCUGUGUGGACCAUGGAUUCCAGACGACGGCGCAGUUUUUACUCACUCCCAGGUCCUGGUAGGGCAUGUCCUUGUCCAAAACUGGACAAGUUAUAUACCAGGUCUCGUUCAACUUGGUAUUAACUCCAUAAUAGCUCAUUUCAAGGUAGCAGAUCUUCACAUCGUCCUGGAGGCCAAAUCAACUGUUAAACCAAAAUCAGAAUGUGGGAAUAGUGCGUGCGAGACUGAAGACGGUGAGGACUGUGAAACCUGCCCAAAGGACUGUGGAACAUGUCCCCUCAAAGACUGGCAAAUCGGGCUGAUCGCAUCGAUUGGCAUUAUCCUUUUGAUAGUGGCCAUUUGCACGGUUCUAUAUUUCCAGUACCAGAAAAGGAAGUUACUGUGGGACGAAAGUUGGAUAUUACCGUACGAAAGAAUCAAAGAAGAUGCAGGAUUGCGAGGGGCGUUUGGAAGUAUGGUCAGUAUGACAUGUGGAAGCGGGCAGGAUAUGACAGGACAGUCCAACAAUAUGGCCAUGUCUGCAAUGAGGAAGCAAGUUUUUGCAAAGACGGCUAUUGUAGAUGGACGAACUGUGGCUGUACGAAAUAUAACAAAAAAGGAUUUUUCUGUUACUGAAACAAUUCGAUGGGAGGUAAAAAGUGUAAGGGAACUAGACCAUCAAAAUAUAUGCAAAUUUGUUGGUGGUUGUAUAGAAGUGCCUAACGUUGCAAUUGUCUCUGAGUAUUGUCCAAAAGGGAGCAUAAGUGACGUCCUACUCAAUGAUGAAAUACCACUCAACUGGGCUUUUCGGUUUUCUUUUGCUGCUGAUAUUGCAAGAGGAAUGGAUUACUUGCACUCCAAAAAGAUAAUGCAUGGCCGACUGAAGAGUAGUAAUUGUGUAGUAGACGACAGAUGGACCGUCAAAAUAUCAGAUUAUGGAUUAGAGGAGUACAGAAGACAAGAUAAAGUCCUGACGGAAGACGAUGAUGACAAUGAAGCAGACGAAUAUUACAAAACAAUGCGAGAACGUGUUUACAAGGCACCAGAAGUGUUUGGCUUCGAUGAAUAUGAGGCGACGGCGCUCAUCGAUAUGUAUGCGUAUUCGAUCAUACUCAUAGAGAUAGCGACCAGAAAUGAUCCAUACGAGGAUGAAGAUCCAUUCGAUCUACCUGCUCGAUGGAAACCACCUUUACCGGAUCUUUCUCGCGAAAAUGCAGAAGAUGCAGACAGCGCGUGCCCUUGUCCAAAACAAUAUAUUCAGCUGAUUCAGGAUUGCUGGGAUGACAACGCGUCAAAACGACCUUCGUUUGAAAACGCCAAAAAAGCCUUACAUGUCAUGAAUCCCAACAAGAUGAGCCCGGUUGAUCUAAUGAUGGCAAUGAUGGAGAAAUAUUCAAAAAAUUUGGAGGUAAUAGUUGCUGAUCGCACACAAGACCUUAUACUGGAAAAACAAAAAACGGAUCGCCUGUUGUACAGUAUGUUGCCUGUAACGGUCGCGGAUGACCUGAAGUAUGGCCGAACGAUAGCUGCUGAACAGUUCGAGGCGUGCACGAUCUACUUCAGCGACAUCGUGGGGUUCACCAAUAUUUCGGGCGGAAGCACGCCGAUGCAGGUGGUGGCUUUGCUGAAUCACCUCUACAUCACCUUUGACGGCAUCAUCGACAAGUACGACGUCUACAAAGUGGAAACGAUCGGAGAUGCGUAUAUGGUUGUAUCAGGAAUACCAAACAGAACGGUGUUUCAUGCUCGAGAAGUAAGCAAUAUGGCUCUGGACUUGGUUGCCGCAUGCAAAGUGUUCGAAAUUCCUCACCGCCCAAACGAUCCACUCAGAAUCCGUGUCGGUUUACAUUCAGGUCCUGCCUGUGCGGGAGUGGUUGGACUUAAGAUGCCAAGAUACUGUUUAUUUGGCGAUACGGUCAAUACGGCAAGCAGAAUGGAGUCGAACGGAGAAGCGUACAAGGUACAUAUCAGCCAGACAACAUAUCAGGAACUGAAGACAUGUGGCGGCUUUAAGUUCGACCUUCGAGGAACUAUUCCUGUUAAGGGAAAAGGCGAUAUGCAGACGUGGUGGUUACUAGCGAGGGAUGAAAAUUAUGAAAAGAUACACGGAAAGCUGUCUUCCAAACCUCAGGUAUCCAAUGGAAAGAUAAACGGAAGCACAGAUAGCUUGAAUAAAAGCCUUGGGAAAUCGCAAGACGUAAAAGCAGCCGAAACAAAUGUGAAUGGUUUAGUAAAGGGGGAACAGGUAUUCACGCCUGUUGAAUUGCCAGAUGCAACAAAAACAAGGAAAAUCAGCAACAUCAGUACUUCAAAUGACUCGGGAUACAACGAAAAACCUGAUGAUGACCCCGCCAAUGUUCAUGAGAUUAUUGUACAGAGUUGUGAAUCCCUUCGAGAGGUUGCAGACACUGAUGCAGAGCCAUGACGAGAUAAAGAUGUUUGUGAGAAACACUUUAUAAUAAACUGCAAAAACGUUGAUUGCAAAAAGAGGAUUAUACUAUUACCAUUGCAGACGAUAGUGAAGUUUCGUGAUGGAUAUUUCCAAAACAUGUGCUAGAUGUAUAUACACAUUGAACAUGUUUUAGAUUAGCGAUACAUUUGGUUGUGAACAAAUAGUGAAACUCUUAAUACUGCUGCCUUUCGUUUGUUGACUUCGAUCCGUCAUAGUGUUAUAAAUCUAGAGUAUUUUAUGUCCAGCUGUUGAAACAAAGCAUGUGCUAGAUGAAUACACACACUGAACAUGUUUUAGAUUAGCGAUACAUUGGGCUGUGAACAAAGUGUUAAAUUAGUAAUACUGAUGCCUUUCGUUUGUUGACUUUGAUCUAUGAUAGUAUUAUAAAUCUAAAGUAUUUUAUUCCAGCUGAUGAAACAAACCAAUCUUUUUCAACAUAAUUACUACCAUAUAUAAAAAGUAUGCUGGGCAAAGACACUUGAUAGGAGGUUUGUUCAUAAGAGAGCAAAUAUUUAAUAUGUGUAUUUCACUCAUUUAAGAGUAGCAGUUAUCUCACUUUAAAAUUUCUAUAUUCAGUUAUUCAAUAAACGUUACUUUAGGAUAUGUUAAAGACCGAAUGUGAUUAAAAUAUAUCUAUAUCAGAUGGAGCUAUUUAUGAUUAGAAAAUUCAUAUUUGUAUACAGUCAUGUUGAUAAUCUUCAAAAGAACACGACACACUUUUUAAAAGGACAAAAUGAACCCAAAUUAUUCUUAGGAUAAAAAAGCAAGAUCAUUGUGAACCGGAAGUAGGACAGUUUUGCUCCCGUGACGUAUGUGUAAUAUUCAGAAAGACAAUUCAGGUUCGAAUCUAUGACUUUUAGAGAAAUUCAUCGCAUAACAUUAGCAGUUUCUUGUAUUCUGACAUGGAAAACCAUUGUGAAAUUUAUAAUUUGAAAUCAUU